GUGGGGUUAACUGUGAUUAACUGUGGUUAACUUUGAUGACUGGGAGAGGUUAACUAGAGAGUUGGGUUGCCUGGGAUCUAACUCGAGCCACCUGGGAGUUAACCAACCUGAGUUUUCUAAACUCCUAGUCAAUAUCUCUGGAGGUCCACAGAGCCGCUGUAGUAGGCGGGGAGUGGGAACCGGAUAUGCCGAUCUGGCUUAGGAACCGAAGAGCUGUCGGCGGUCACGAACUGGCGGUCGAAGAGUAGUAGCAGCGAUGUUCAUUCAUUCUGCACAACUUCUGUUUUAGAGGAAGUCGAUGUAAUUAGCGACCCAAUUUUGUAAUUAGAAUCCCUGAAAUGAACUUCACAGGCUUCUCUUUUCGUUGUGCCUGGUGCUCUUAGAGAUCUCCUUUGCCCGAUUUGUCUCCACACGUGUGCUUGGUGCCGUGCGCUGUAUUCACAUAGCUACGAUCGAUGGUCCGUUUUUGUGGGCGUAUGACACACUGUGAGGGCAUGAUUCAUACUAGCACUUUCCUACAUGUAUCUGACUGCAAUUACGGCCUGAACUGGAUGAAUCUGACUGCAAUCUUGUCCAGAGCUCAGUAGAAAAAGUCCUACUGUGAGAGUAUGCCCUGCGUGGGGUCUUCUACUUUCCUCUGCAUCGAUGGAUAAUAGAUAUAUAUAUAGCCUGCAGUUGUGAUAGUGAUCUUGUCUUUGCUCUCUGUCAACUUAGCCGCUACAAGCAUCAGAGCCGAUGAGUUUGUCCCUGUUGCGCUCACACUUGUGCAGGGGCAAAGGAGAGAUGGCCAUCCUCACUCUUUUCGUCUCCCUCCUAGCUGUCACUGCCAUCAUCUUCGUUCUUGUGCUUCAUGGGGAUGGCCCGAUCACAAUUGCAGGACUAGGGAACCCCUUUCCGACUGUUGCGGGCCCCCAUAUCCUCCGAUUUCCGCCUCCACCCGAUGACGAUCACAGACAAGAGUUCAGUUUUCACUCACCUAGGCCUAUAAUGGGCAUCAUGCAAGGAAGAGCGCAGGAUGGUGGUGGUUUCGCGGGGCAAGAGCAGGCGUUGCCCUCGGCAUCGCCUGGCGAACCACUCCCCUUUGUAGUUCUACAUGGAAUUAGUGACCAGUGUUCGAACGAUGGGGUGAGUAUGUUCGUCGACACCUUGAAUAGAUACGUUCCUGGUGCCGAUGGACUGUGUUUGCACAUCGGGAACGGAGUCGAAGACUCUUGGCUGAUGCCUAUGCGAAAGCAGGUGGAUAUCGCUUGCAAAUCGAUCAAGCGAACUCCUCGCCUGCGAAACGGUUUCAAUCUCAUCGGCCUUUCUCAGGGCUGUCUUCUUGGUCGCGCAUACAUAGAAUGGUGCACGGAUGGUCCCCCUGUGCACAACUACAUUGCAAUUGCCGGGCCCAAUGCCGGGACUGCUGCAGUCCCGCUGUGCACCGACUUGUUCGUUUGUUACUUUGUGAACCUCUUGCUCCAGCUGGGCAUGUACACAAAGUGGGCUCAGAAUCACGUGGCACCAACCGGGUACGUCAAGAUCCCUAGCGGCAUGAGCAGCUAUCUCCGCGGGUCCCGGUUCCUACCGUACUUGAACAACGAGCAUAGGUACGCGAGAAAGAGGGCAUAUGCUCAUCGAUUUGCGUCACUUAACCGUCUCGUUCUGAUCAUGUUCGAACAGGACCGAGUCAUCAUUCCCAAGGAGACCGCCUGGUUCGGAUGGUACCUUCCCGAAGAUAGCGUGACAAGGGUAGUGCCUGUGAACGAGACCCGGCUGUACAAGGAGGAUCUGAUUGGUCUACGGAGCUUAGACGAGGCUGGGAAAGUUGUCUUUGUAGCGCUUCCCGGCGGCCAUCUUCAGCUUACGCAUGCCGCAAUUCGGGAUUACGUCGUGCCAUACUUGAUAAUGAAUUCGUCGUCUCAUUCGCCACGAUGAUGACCCAGGCGCCGCUCCUGGUCUACGGAACUUGAGAGGAGGCUGGGAAAGUGGUCUUUGUAGCGCUUCCCGGCGGCCAUCUUCAACGUAUGCAUGCUGCUAUUCGGGAUUACGUCAUGCCAUACUUGAUGAUGAAUUCAUCUUCUCAUUCGCCAUGGUGACCCUCUCUGACGCCGGCCCUGGUCUAUGGAACGUAGAGGAGACUGGGAAAGUGGUCUUUGUAGCGCUGCCCAGUGGCCAUCUUCGACUUACGCAUGCCGCAACUCGAGAUUACAUCGUGCCGUACUUGAUGAUGAAUUCAUAAUCUCAUUCACCAUGAUGAUGACCCUGUCAGGCGCCCCCCGUUCCUCUUCUACCGGCGAGGUAUUCGGACAUCUGUUCACAAACCUUCCAUAUCCGUCCGCCUUUGCUUGUACAGCACCAGCAUAGAAUCAGUGACGGAUAUGCCGAUAUGCGUGUCGUCGCAUAGAUCCGAACUUCGGACUCUCGUAGAGAUGGUGUACAUUUGUAAUGUUCUUCUUCGUAGCACAUCGAUCUGCAUGAUGCGCGCGUUGUCUCAUAGAAUGAAAAUGGGGGAAGAGACGAAACGAAAUUCAAUUUGAUUCAACUGAGGAAACACUUACGUUACGACUUUCCUGGAUGUAUUUGACUGGAAUUGCAGCCUCCGUUGGAUGUAUCUGACUGCAAUUACAUCCCGAGCUCAGUCGAAAAGUCCUAGUGUGAGUAACUCAUGACUGUUUCUAAUCCGUAGGACUGGGUCCAAACUCUUUGUGAUCUACUGCUCCUCUUUGUAGCCGACUCUUCUCCCUCCUUUUUUGUUUUUUUUGGUCCUCCGUGCCUGUAAGCUGGUGGGUGAUUUGUCUGCAGAAAUGUGAGCUGGUAAUACCCUAGUUUACAUCGUCAUAGCAAUUCCUUUGAUCAGUAGCCGUGUCACUGCGGCUUGUACCCCCCCUCGCCCCCCACUUUUUCUUUUUUGUCUUUCUUUGGGUGGAUUCAACUGGAUUGUACCGCUUAGUACUCCUUCAGGUUGAUUGUUUGCCUGUGUCGAUAUGAUCUUGCUCCGCUGUCAAAGAUGUGCGUUUUUUUUUUUUUUUUUUUGCAAAAAUGUGUGGUUCUACAUGAAGGAUCAUCGAAGAUGCAUUUUGUUUGUCGUUUUGUUCGUCGUUUUGCUUGUCGUUUUGUUUGUCGUUUUGUUUGUCGUCUUACUUGUCGUUUUGUUUCAUGUCGUUAGGAGGUCGCUGAGGCUCCUCACGGCAAAUCAUAGUACUUAAGGCAGACUCACACUAGGCACUCAAAAUCGCAGAAUCGCAAAAUCAGCGGCCAGAUCCCGUCCUCCGAAUCGGAGAACUCGAUCUGGUCGAUCAUUUUGCUAUUCUCAGUAUUCUGUGAUUUCGAGAGCCUAGUGCGAGUAUACUCUUUACUCCUUUUCAGCCUUUUCAGGUGGCUUAUUUCCUGUGGCCAUACUAUCUCUUAGCUUUAUCUUUAAAAAAAUGUAUCUAACCACAAGGAUGUCUCUGACGCCAAUUACGUCCAGAACCAAGUCACAAAAGUCUUCGUCUGAGUACGCCCUGAGUAUUUUCAGGUCGAUUGUUUCCAAUGUGCCGAUUUGAUCUUUAUCCCUGUGCAACGGAAUUGUGCUGCUGGUGGUACUGAAUACAAUGUACUAUGCAUGCCGCUAUUCAUUUUAAGGAGCCAUCUUACUGAACACGCGGACGGAUGCUACCACUUUGUCCUUUGGAUAUAGAUUCCGUCCCCGUGUAAUCCGUAUCAUCAUCUGAAACUCAGGGCAUAUUCACACCAGCACUUCUUUGAAAUGUAUCUGACCGCAAUUACGGCCAGACCUGGAUGAAUCUGACUGCAAUCAUGUCCAGAGCUUAGUAGAAAAAGUCUUGAGUGUGUGAGUAUGGACCUCGGUCCAGUACUCAACAUUCUACAUGCAUUUGGAAGCCUUCCUGGGCCAGGUGCAUUUGGACGAGUCCAACAUUUUGAAUGUCUCUGGAUGACCGCAAGGUCCAGAUUCUUCAUAUAGUGUUGUGUAGUAGAGCGAGGCCCUAUGUCCUGAGUAUGUGAAAGAUCUCAGAGGAGUUGUGCCACAAGAAGCGAGAGACGUUAAGUGCGAAGUGAUUUUUUUCAACUUUUUCUUUUAACCACCAGUACUUGACCCAGCUAUAGGCUGUGUAAAAAGUAGAAACGUUUCGCGUCGGAUGAAUUUGGCCGCUCCUUCAGUGGCCCGUACAUUUCCUAAAAUCGUGGCUUGUUAACAGACAUGACUUUAGGAAGUACUGGUGGUUUAAGGUUUUACGGACUGUCCAUCGAGCUGGUUGGGCGCGGCGCACACAACAAACAAUAUAGCCGAUCGCCAGAAUGACACAUGGCAUCAUUUCACAGCUGUAGAAAAAGAUUUUUUCGGGAGCAGAUGCUCACCGUCCCCCCUUCAGAUGAUCGUGUGAUGGGGUUCUUCUCAGCAGUCCGCAGCGGGUAUGACAGUACUUUGACAUGGGGUUGAGACACAUUGACGGCGACGGCAACGGCGACGGCGAUGACGACGACGACGACGAUGACGGCGACCAGACGACGGCAACGAUGAUGGCGACGACCAGAUGACGACAACGACAAUGAUGGUGGGAAUGGAAGCAAAGGCACAGCUUAUAGGUACUAAAGUCGCGGGGGAUCAAGGCAGAAACGUUCGGCAGGCUGAGUCGAGGUGGCUUGAAGUGUGAAAACGUUCUGCAGGACGGGCUGUAACUGAGGAAUAGAUUGUGAUGUCUCUAUACAGUGCAAGUGUUUCCACAAAAAAAAAAAAAAAAAAAAAAAAAAAGAUUUAAUCGAAGUGUUUGCCUUGUAUAUUUGGAAUUUGUCCGCAAAGUGGCGGUUGUGUACAAUAUGCUCUUUCAUCUGUCCAUCCAGGGUUAACCCUGGGUAUUACCAUCA